AUAGACUAUAUUCUAUAGAUAAUUGGCUUGGUCCACCAAACAACAUGCUAAGAUCUGACCUUGUUCAUCUCCACAUCUUUUCAACGACAGAUUAAAACUGAAAAUGCUUAGAUUAGCGAUUUCUUUGUUCCUCUUUGCAUUAUGCUCUUUCACAUCGUCUUCCUCUGCGAGAUCAUUCUUUCAAUCAAAACCUCGGCCGAUUGAUUCAUUUCUCCCUAAACCCAAGCUAGAGAAUGCGGGUGUGUGUUCUUACACGGUGAUCAUUAAGACAAGCUGUUCCUCGGUGUCUUACACAAGAGAUAAGAUCAGUAUUGCGUUUGGUGAUGUGUAUGGCAACGAGGUAUACGUGAAGAGACUAGACGAUCCAAAGUCGAGGACAUUUGAAAAGUGUUCUUCAGACACAUACAAGAUAACGGGACCGUGUAUGCGCGACGUGUGUUAUCAAUACCUCCUCAGGCAAGGAUCCGACGGCUGGAAACCGGAGAACGUGAAGAUCUACGGCUCAUCCAUCAGAUCAGUCACUUUCUACUAUAACCUCUUCUUGCCUAACUCCGUUUGGUAUGGCUUUAACGUCUGCAAUGGCAUUGGCUUUGACAAGUCUUCUGAUCAUCAACCCAUCAUUGCCUCCGCCCUCGCAGCUGCUAUGUAAGAUUUUAUUAUAUAAACAAAGAGAGUUGAUUAUCUGUGAAUGAUGUGUUACACUAGUAUUGUGUUGUUUUGUAUUUGUGAGAGAAAAACAUGUACAAUGUGAAAUUGUUAAUGCCGUGAUGAUGUGAUCAUUUUCUUUAACAAAAUAAAAAAUAGCAUGCAAAUUUGCAAUUUGUU